AUGUAUGUAUGGGAGAGGCAGAUCCGGACUAUCAGAAGUGUCUUAGAUGGAAUCCUGAUCCAGAAUGGAACCCAGCUGAACACAUCAGCAUUGUGUACAUUCCUGUAUGAGACAAUGGCUAUAAUCAACAGCAGACCACUGACAGUGAAUGAUUUGGAAGAUUCUAACGGACCUCUUCCUCUAUCACCAAACAUUAUCCUCACAAGGAAGUCUGGAAUUGUCCCCCCUCCACCUCCUGUAGAUUUUCUGAAGGAAGAUAUAUACGCUAGAAAGAGGUGGUGCAGAGUCCAAUAUAUAACCAACCUGUUCUUGACAAGGUGGGCAAAAGAAUAUUUGUGCAGCCUUCAGGCGAGAAAAACCUGGCAAGGUACCAAAGAAAAUAUCAUAGUUGAUGAUAUAGUUAUGCUAAAAGACGAGAAUGUCUUAUGCUCAGAUUGGAGAUUGGCUAAAGUGGUAGAGACCUAUCACUCUAGUGAUGGUCUGGCAAGAAAGGUAAAGCUACUAAUGCCACUCCAGACUUGGAUAAAACAGUUGCGAUUGGCUAAGUCUGUUUCACGUGUGCGACUUGAAGCCGUCAAGGUGACUGAUCAGCGAGUGUGCAUGAUCAAUGAAAUUAUACAAUGCAUCAAAUUAAUUAAGAUGUAUGCAUGGGAGAUGUGUUUUUUAAAGAGUGUAAAAGAAAUCCGAAGUAAGGAAUUUCAACUUCUUGAAAAAGCCGGAUAUGUUCAGAGUAUAGUAAUGAGUCUGUCUCCGAUAGUGUCCUUGUUUGCUGCUGCACUGACGUUUGCACUGCAUACAUUGACAGGCAAUGAUCUUACAGCUAGCAAGGCAUUUACAGUAGUUGGCUUAUUUGAAUGUAUGAGAUUCGCACUUGUAGCCCUGCCAUUCAGCAUCAAAUCAUUAUCAGAAUGCAAAGUGGCCUUAGACAGGAUACAGGAAAUAUUGUUGAUGGAAGAAAUUCACCCCAUUGUUAGGAGCACUGGCAGUCAAAUUCAUGCAGUUGAUAUAACCAUGGCGACAUUUACUUGGAAAAAACAUUUACUUGGAAAAGAGAAAUCAGAUACUCAGAUUGAUAACCUUGUAACCGAGGAAUCGACCAUGACGAGAACACUUGAUAUGAACAUCGUUAUUGAAAAAGGUGAGCUGAUCGGUAUAUGUGGGGGAGUCGGUAGCGGCAAAAGCUCAUUUGUGUUGGCUUUGUUGAAUCAAAUGACGAUGUUAGAGGGCGAUAUUUCGGUGGAUGGGACAUUCGCAUAUGCUCCUCAGCAACCAUGGAUAAUAAAUGCAACUGUUAGAGAGAACAUACUAUUUGGAAGUUUAUUCGACCGUGACAAGUAUAAUUUUACUCUAUCGGUGUGCUGUCUUCAACACGAUUUACAUGUAUUACCGAAAGGAGAGUUGACAGAAGUAAGUUGA